AUGGACAGCACUCCACUCAGGCAGCUGGAGAUGGAAUACGCUCGCUGCAUGAGAGUGAGCGCUGAGGAGUUGGACCUGGAACCUGCGGUCCCGGAGUGCGACAUUGACAAGGCUGACGUGGGUGAGCCCGGAGCAAGCACCCCUGCUCAGGAGGGCAAGCUGAAGGACAUUCUGAAGUACCACAGGAAGAUCUUCCUGGGUGACGGGAACGCCGCUCCAGCGCCUGCCCGAGGCGUGGUGUGCGACCUAGACGUCGGAGACGCAAAGCCGGUGGCCCAACGGUCCCGGUCGGUGGCUCCGCACCUCAUGGUGAAGCUGUCCAGCUACUCGUUGCCUCUGAUCGACGAUUUGCUAGUUGGUUUCGAGAGGGCGAUGUGGUUCAUGAACUUGGACAUGGCGAGUGGUUUCUGGGCGAUCCGGAUGACGGAGCGAGCCAAGCUCAUCUCAGCAUUUGUGUGCCCAUUCGGACAUUUCCAAGGAGAGCGCGUGAAGAUCAUGCGGCCCUCAAGCAAACUUCCUCCGGACGGCUGGGCCACUCAGAUCCUGGAGAACGCGGUCGACGACUUCGGUGCGCAGCCUGGGGCUUACGUCUUUGCAGAUGACGGUGACGACGACCAGGAGGAGAAGGACGACGAUGACCCGGGCGCGAAAGAGGGAUCCAAGGACGCGCCUCUCGACUUCACCCAAGAAUCGUCUGCUCCGUCAACUCCAACGUCAUUCAGGUCCCGCUCCACCAAGACAUCCCGACCGCCGAAGGGCGCAGCUGGGCGGCACUUUCAGCUCCGCCCUGAGGCGUGCACCUCGAAUGAGCUGGACGCGCUGAAUCCGCUGACUCCGUAUGCACGGUCGGUGGAGGACGCACGGUCUUCGCUGGUGGCGCAUGCCGUGAUCUGGGACAAGCUUCGCCUGGAUGUGCAGUUGGCGAUGCAGUCUGGGCUCGACUACCUGGACACGUUCGAUCUGGUCUGCGGGGACAAUGUCGUGCACCCCCGGUUCCACGUUCGGGGCCUACUCGAGCUUCUCGUCCGGAUCAUGUAUUGGUGUAAGGUGGACCAGACGCCCUGGACGAGCUACGUCCCGAGCUGGUACUACAAGAAGUCCGAAGUUAGACUGGAGCAGCUCACGUACACGCCGGACAAGAGGCCCGCUCUGAAAAGUGCGAUGUACUCCGAAGUGGGCGACGAAAUUGAUGACGAGACGCAGGACGAGACGUUCAGGACGACCAAGCUAUUCAAGACCAAGCUCGACUUGCGUACCACGCCCCCUCGGAAGGCCAAACGUCGCAACAGCACGUCUUCCACCACUUCAAGUACCACCGGGUCGCAGCAUCCUGACUCCGAGGUCGCCCCUCCUCCGGCCAAGCGUCCGCGCGCAGCGCAACGGUGCACGCAGUUCACCCUCGCCCGGAAAGAGUAUGCUGAGCUGACCCUAGAAGGGCUCCAAAUCAUCGAGGUCCCGGGUCGCGGGGUCACUUCUUGUCGUCAUUACGGGAUAUUGGUGAAGUUCCAGCCCGGUACUGCCAAGGCGGUCGAGCAAACCCCGGAUUACACCCCGAAUCUGUCCAAGCCUGAGGAGCGCGACGCCGUUCGGGCACGCUGGCUUUCGGGGCCGUUCAAGGAGCUGUGGAGCACCAAGCCCUGGGACGAGAUGUUCGACAACCGAUCCAAGUUCCUGGUCUGCCAUACGCCCCCGAAAACUGGCACGAAAGCUCUGUUGGACGCCUAUUCGGAGGAGUUCGCCGACACUCGGAAGUCCGAGUGUGACAGCAUCCGGGGUCACUACCAGAAAUUGCUGGACGCCGCGGUUGACGACGGUCUGAAGCAGUCGUACAUCGAGGAGCCCGGGUGCUGUUCCUGGAUCUGGAUGGCGCCCUCGCACAAGAAUGCCGAAGGCACGCCGUACUCUCUGAAGAAGCUGCUCGCGCUGGCGGACCAGCAGGAGCCCGCUCGGGUGCAGUGGAACACCUGCUCCUCGGACGAGGAGCGCAUUGCUCACGCACCGAUCCAGCUGGACCUCCGACUCCUGCCAGCGGCGGACCGACACCGGCUACCAGGUUAA